UUUGUGCGCUUUGUGAGCAGAGUGUUUUGAAGCACUCCAGCCCUCAUUGCUUAGAUACUAGCUGGGUCUGAACACAGCAGAGAAAAUCUCUGUGAAAAAGGGACACUGAACGGAGCCCCGGAAAGCAGGAAAUCUGCCACACAAUACGGAUUUGGUGGGGCCACACAAGCUGAAGGGUCCCAAUCCUCCCAAAAAAUUAUCCGAAAGGCAGACUAUCUUUCAGAGGUGGGCAACGCCAUCCUUGCAUCUUUCCUGGUCUCCCUUAUCGCCUCCUUUCCCAUCAUCUCAUGCACAGAAAUCAGCUAAGCAGUGGUCACUGAGAUCAGCUGUGCUAGAGGUCAGCUGCGUGGAGGAGCAGGAGGAAAGAAGCAUCUCUCCAGAGCUCAGCUGCUUCGCUGGUGAAUGAGCACGGAUGCUCGUUGCGCUCAACUCCCACCAGUCGCUGCGUUGCUCCCUGGAAGAAGACGACAGCCAUGAUGCCAGCUGGCUGGAGCCCCCAUGAGACAAUGAGGCCGCCGCACAUCGUUUGGGCUGAUCUCGUGAUCCGGGUCCCUCUGCACCAGGGCCGGUCCAAAGGUAACCCCUGUGCAACUGUACAUGUGCUUGUUUUUGUUUCGUUUUUUUCCUGUUUCAAUUUUCAUCUGUCAUUACAGCUGUUCUCUCUGCAGCCCUGCAGAGGGAAUUUUUUUUAAUGUUUAAUUUUUGUUAUGUUUUUAUAUAUGCUGGAAGCUGCCCAGAAUGGCUGAGGAAACCGAGGCAGAUGGGUGGGGUGAAAAUAAUAAAUUAAUAAAUCAUUUUUUACUACAUUGCAAAAUGAAAUGGAAAAGAAUAUUAUCUGCCAUUUCAGUGGCACCCAAAGAGAUGCAAGACGCGACCUCUGCGGCAGCCAUGAAGCAGCACCCAGGAAGCAAGGGUCACAAUUUGGGCCAAAGGAGCAGGAGGACACAUCUGCCCCAGUGCUGCCAGGAUUGCACCCAAGGAGCCGAGGCGGAAGACAGAAAGGAGCCCAUUGCCCCGGCCUGCCAUGCAGUGCCUCCCUCGUCCGCUCCAGAGAAUGGAGACUCUCGAGAAAAACGUGCCGUCCGAACGAUCCUCGUCGACCUGAGACCCAUCCUGGAGAAAGCGUUGGACCUCUCGGACUCUUCUCCAGAGAUGUCGGAGAGAGACUCCCAAAACGAUGAAGAACAUCUGCAGAGUGGAGAUCUCCCCGCUGAAGGAGGAGGACACAGCUCAGAGGUGGCCACUGCUGCUUCCAUAGAUACCAGCAUCCCUGAGGACAUCUUGCCACCGCUCCCCAGGGCUCCCUUCCGAGCACCCAGUGCCCACGCUGAGAGCACCCGCAAGGCCCCCGAGAUCUGUCCUCAGUUGGACAACUCGACUGAGCUUGAGGAAACCACGCUGCUGGCCGCGUUGACCCAUGAACCGAAACUCAGAACAGCUGAUUCCUUGCCUAAGAUUACGCCGCAAGAGCUAGGAGAAGACCACCUAUUGCAAUCAAUCAAGGUAAAUUCACACACCCAAUAUGGGUGCUGCUGUGACCCAGGUCUGUCUGUGCAUGAGGAUGGGUUUUCAACCAGGGAUGAGCAGAUUUCUUCUUGGUACCUUCACCAUCCAAGGCCUGGUUGCUUAGUGCAACCGGAAUGCACUUUAAACAUGCUCAAGGGAAGACCCUUGCAGCUGUCGCUAUUUUCCAGGUACAGUCACACGUUUACAGAAACCGUCCUGGUUUCUGAUUUGAUCCCAGAAUGUCCCGCUUUUCCUUAGGAUGUCCCUAUUUUCAUCAGAGAAAUGUGGGAGGAUAUGGAGGUUAUGCGACCCUUGAAGCAAGGAGAUAAGUCAGAUAAGUCACACCUUUAGAAGACAUCUGAAGGCAGCCCUGGAGAGGGAAGUUUUUUAAUGUUUAAAAUUUUAUUAUGUUUUCAUAUGUGUUGGAAGCCGCCCAGUGUGGCUGGGCCGACCCAGUCAGAUGGGCAGGGUAUAAAUAAUAAAAUUAUUAUUAUUAUUAUUAUUAUUAUUAUUAUUAUUAUUAUUGAAUAGGGCAUUCCUAUUUUCAUCAGAGAAAUAUUGGAGGGUAUGCCCUUGUCACUGCAAAGUCAUGUCUCUCUCCCUACCUUCUUGGGUCAAGCGUUGGACAUGCCCCCAAUUUAAAACACUAUCUUGCCUCUUUCUCUUCACAUCUCCCCCUGCUUUCCUGACCCACUUUCCCCAGCCUCCCGCCUCCCCCCCAGACUUCCAUCUCCCCACGCAACUGCUGCUACAGAGGCUGCAGGAAACGACCACCAGCCGACAUCACUCGCUGAUCGCGCAAGUCCUGAGUUCGCUGCGGGAGGAACUCUUGAUGGAUGAGCAGCUGCCUCUGGAUGGUGGGUAAGGAGACUUAUUUCUCCCAGGCGCACAAAUGUAAGAUGGGGCACACCUGGCUUGCAAAGGAUCUAGGGUCUUAGUGGACCACAAGGUGAACAGAUUCAUCCUCUCUCUCUCUCUCUCUCUGCACUUCCAGGGACAAGGCAAGCCCCCUCCUGCAGCUGCCCAGCAUCAAAGCUCCAGAAAGGAAGAAGGGAGGCCAGCAUUUCAAGCCCAGCCAAGUGACCACUGAAAGGAGGCUUGGCAAGUUCACCUGGCGCAGGUGCCACAGGUCUGUCUAUGGGGCCGGCUCAGCCCCACAAGCCGCAGACCUUUGAGUUGCGGCAAGGUCUUUAAUUAAAGAUGAUGUUGCUGUUGUUACAAAACAAACAACUUAAGAUCAUUGGUUUCUAUGGGUCCAUUCUGACCCAUAGAAGUUUUGCUGAUAACAGGGGUUUGAACUGAACUUUACUCUGCUCAGAAUAGAACCCACUAAAAUUUAUCGACCCAAGCCAGUCAAUGUCUUUGAAUCUCAACAGCUCUACUACUGAAGCUGAACCAAUUAUUUUGCAAGGUUAUAUAUAUAUAUAUAUAUAUAUAUAUAUAUAUAUAUAUAUUCAUGAUUGUGGGGGGU